AUGUCUACAUCCAAAAAAUAUCGCUGCCUUUUCUGUCUCACCUUUGCCAUCACCUUGCUCCAGUUGGGCCUGACGGCGCCGCUGCCCACGGACUCUGGAAAGGCGACCGAAGAGGGGGGCGGUCUGACGCUGGGGAGUAUUUUGCCGCACGUUAAAUCAAGUACGUCAACUCCAGCGAGCACAACUUCACCAUUACUGGCCUCAACCCAACUUAAAACCACCUCCUCUCCUACCUCUGACGCCGCGAAGAUGACCACAGCACCGUUGACUAAAGCCUGGAAUCCAAGAGAUCUUGUGAAACCGGCCAGCCUCGUUAGAGGAGCUCGGUACCAGACUGAGGAUGGAAAAGAGAGCAAGGGCAAGGGCAAGGCGGCUCACCCUGAAUUGGUACGACGGCCGUACGCCGGCGCUGUAGGCUUCAGGCGCAGGCGAGUCGGCAUUGAUCACCCCCUGCACCGAGGAGUCAUGAGCGAAAGGGAAUUAAAAUGGAGUCUCCUUGAGCUAGAAGCAAUCAGGAAUGGAGAACGAUCGCGAGAGACAAAGGAGCCUCCUCGGCAGCACAGAAGCGAGAAGGACAACGAAGAGUUUCCGGUCCACUCCCAUGGAUGGAAACAGGAGUAUGAAAUGCCGCCCGUAAAGCCGAUGGAUAGCAAGUUUGUUGCACACAAGAUACCCUAUGGCAGGCAGGGACAGCAACCUAUAUUCUACGGCCAUGUUGGGAAACCGAGUAGAACGCCAGAGUUUAGAGAAGAGAUGUUGCAUGACUUUUGGCCCAAAAAACACAUGCAGGAGGAGAAUGCG